AUGACAUCAAUAAAACAUCCACAGCCAUCUGCUGCAAGCACUAACAGCCAGGGAAUACGCACUCCACCGACACUUUCCACAUCUCCAGAUUUGGAUGUUAACAGAAUCCCCAUGGUCACACCGAAACCAUCAACAAAUAGUUUGCCAGUUACCACACCACAACCCCCACCAGCUAUAACACAAUCUAUGCGUAACAAAAGUGGCUUGCCUGACAGCUUACCGCAUGUUAAAUGUUUAGCUAGAGCACGUAUCCCAACAACACAGGGACCAGAUAUUUUCCUACACUUGUAUGAAAACAAUAUUGACAACAAAGAACACUUGGCAAUUGUGUUUGGAGAGGACAUUCGAUCCCGUUCAUUGUUUAAACAUUACCCUGGGGAAACACAACAAGACAGGAUGACCAGAGGUGCUUACAUCGGGAGAUUGACUCCUGGAAGAACUAUUGCUGAUUCUGAUGGAACUGACGAAUUGAAGUUUGAUAAAGAAGGUAAUUUGAUAAUUGACAGUUUGACAUACACAGACCCAACUUUAGUCAGGAUACAUAGUGAAUGCUAUACUGGUGAAACUGCAUGGAGUGCACGAUGUGAUUGUGGUGAACAGUUUGACGAGGCUGGAAGAAUAAUGGGGGAAGCGGGCCAUGGGUGCAUGGUAUAUUUGAGACAAGAAGGUAGAGGUAUUGGUUUGGGUGAAAAAUUAAAGGCGUAUAACUUACAAGAUCUUGGUGCCGAUACAGUGGAAGCCAAUUUGAUUUUGAGACAUCCAGCUGAUGGGCGGAACUUUUCUUUGGCUACAGCUAUUUUGGUUGAUUUGGGUCUAGUAGAAAUUAAAUUGUUAACUAACAACCCAGACAAGAUUGUUGCUGUCGAAGGAAAACACCAGGAAGUUAAAGUGUUGGAAAGAGUCCCAAUGGUGCCCUUAAGUUGGGGGAAAGAUGGUAAGAAUGGUAUCAGAAGUAAAGAAAUAGAAGGGUAUUUGAGCACCAAAAUUGAAAGAAUGGGACAUUUGUUAGAAAAGCCCAUCAAAAUCUAA